UAUCUCGAAUAUCGCUAUGCCUAAUAAAUGUAAAACUUGGCUAAGGAAGUCAUAAAUGAGGGUGGCUUCUGUAUUAAAGCAAUAGUCCUGGUUCCUUGGAAUCUCGUUCAUCGGUCACGUGGUACGCGGCGCGGAGCGGGGCUCCCGUCGCAUUAAAGACGCUCCUGCGAAUUUCUCGUCUUGAUUAAAGAUGGAGGAGUCUGGUAAUGAGAAGUUCCUGUCAAGAAGACGUUCAGCUGCCCUGAAAGCAUUUAAGGUCAAAGACGAGCGCGUAGCAACCCUCAAAAAGAUUACGGCUAUUCUAAACAAGUCCGAGGAGGGCAGGACCGCCGAAGAGAAGGAGCUACUACUCUCCUGCGUAGAUGUGGUCAAGGAGGUUAACUUGAGGCAAGAGAAGAGGCAUCGAGUCAAAGCAAGGCUAGAGGAGGUCGAAGAUGCUUCAGACAUCUUGGAAGAGAAGUGUAUGCGGUUGGCUGCGGCAAUUGGCAGAGCCAGUUCGCUUGCGGUCUACACAGGAGCUGGUAUCAGUACCGCUGCUUCUAUUCCGGAUUAUCGAGGUACUAAUGGAGUUUGGACAAGAAUGCAACAAGGAAAAGAUAUUGGGAACCAUGAUCUUAGCCAGGCAGAGCCAACAUUGACGCACAUGGCUCUGUAUGCUCUUUACAAAGCACGAGUCUUAAAACAUAUUGUUUCUCAAAACUGUGACGGGCUUCAUCUACGUAGUGGUAUUCCACGUACUUUGCUCUCAGAGGUGCAUGGGAACAUGUAUGUCGAAGUCUGUAGAACCUGUAAGCCGUUCAAAGAGUAUUGGAGGCUAUUCGAUGUAACCGAGAAAACAGCGAGGUAUUCUCACGGAACUGGUAGAUUCUGUCAUAAGUGCAAUUCGAUUUUGCAAGACUCGAUAGUGCACUUUGGAGAAAGAGGCAACCUACCUUGGCCGAUCAACUGGAACGGGGCAAGCCGAGCUGCGAAGCAAGCCGACGUGAUACUUUGUCUGGGAUCCAGUUUAAAGGUCUUGAAAAAGUACCCAUGGCUGUGGCAGAUGGACAGGCCUGCUCAUAAAAGACCUUUGUUGUACAUUGUGAAUCUCCAGUGGACACCAAAGGAUGAGAAUGCAGUGUUGAAAAUAAAUGGCAGAUGCGACGAAGUUAUGAGAAAGAUUAUGUCGCAUCUUGGUCUUGAAAUCCCUGAGUACAAUCGAGCAAAGGAUCCAAUCUUCCAUCAUGCUAUAAGAUUGCAACCCGGGGAACAAUUGACUACAACGCAGCCCUGUCUGGAGGAGCCAGUCUCCAUCGUAGAAAACUCAUCGUCCUGUGUGGAUUUAAGAGAAGCUCCUAAGAAUGAGAUCCCUGUAGCGACAAUGCCAAAAACCGAAGACUGUGUCUCCCAGAUAACGAUAUCGGAGCCAAUGACUGCAUAUCCUGCCCCGAUAUUCGCUGCCCUGCCGUUUCUAUCAAUGGGCUUGCCGUUUCCUCCAAUGUAUAUGUAUCCACAACUGACGCCGUUCCUCUAUUAUCCGUUCGUACAGGUCCCAGCUGUGGCUUUGGAACCACCGAAGUCUGAACCUGCGUGCACUUUCUGCAUGGAGAACGAGGGCUCAUUGACAUGCUUGUUCUAUCGGAGGAACGGAGAUGAUGAUCUGGUGAUGACGGAUCCCCUGUCCUUGGAAAACGAGAAUGACUCAAACCUUGAACAGAUCCAGGACACCGAAACGUCGUCACUCGACUCCAGAGCUCCGAUAGCCAGUGCCAAAAAUCCAGGCUGGUUUGGCAAGGGAUAUCGGAAAGGGUUACGGAAGAAACGGUAGCAUCUACUACUUUGUGCAAUGCGAUGAAUCGUGCACGAUAUUAUGCUUCCUAUUCUUUUUUUAUUUGCCACGGACAAAGCGAACUGCGUCUCCAAGUGUGCAAAUGCUUGGACCUUCCACAUUGGUGCGGUGCACCAGAGGAUGCGUUCUCAAGGACCAGAUCCUUACCCUUGGAAGGUCCUUCUCUCGGACCCCUUUGUUUUGUCUUUUCGUACAAAAGAGGUUAAGAAGUCGCGUUACUUUUCAAGCUGGUAUAACCAAGCUUUGAGACGCAACCUGCAUGUCUGUGGAUGCUUAUCACACUAUCUCACUAGGAAGGCGUAGGAAUCUCCAGGAACUUCACUCCCCGAGACUAAAAUUCUAGCGUGCGAUAACAAUACUAAUACAAUUAUUCCCUUAGUGGCGUACAGUGAAAAGUGCAUUAUUCCAGCAGCUCCUCGACGUAGUUAUUCCAAGGGUACGUGGGACAUUCGAUGGAAUCAAUAUCUCCCAUUAAAUAGUUUUGUGCCGAUGCCUCGUUCGAACCUCUACCUUUCCUGCCAACCGAGAGCCCUCCUGACUGGUGUACAAAGUUACGAGCUAGAGCCAUGCCACGUGUCUCCAAACGUCUUAUGAAUUAGUUUUCUGACACUUCGGGAUUUCCGUCAGAAACCACUGUAGAGACCAUCGAUUGGUCCCUUCGAACCCUAUUACUAUUAAGUAUUGCCAAUACAUUAUUUAUUUGUAUUUAAAAAUGUACACGUAUACCGUUCUUACAUAGGUACUCGUAUCCAUGUAUCUCCAUGUACGUCCAACUAAGUGUGCGUGUGUGUGCGCGCGCGCGUGUGUGUGUAUGUAUACAUAUAUAUAUACACACAUUAUAUAUAUAUAUAUAUAUCCCGGCCAGAGCUCUGUUUCAAGAGUGUGUACUGCUGCCGUGACAAUUAUGUAGCAAUAUACCGUCUGUGAAAUUAAACAUGUAACGAAUGUCAA